AUGAGACAGCUGCUGAUUCUGGUGGCGCAGCACCCGCUCAAGGUCGGGUCCGUGCUGCUGCUGCUCAGCGUCUUCUACAGCUUCGCGCGCGUGCUGGCGCUACAGUACGUGGUGGGGGCAUUGCAGGACGGUAUCCUGCGCUACCCCAAGAAUUUCCCGCAUGCCUUCUUCCUGCCGCUGUUCCACGUCUCGCUGGCUGCGGCGGCCAUCGCGGCACUAUAUCAGGACUACCGACACGGCCGCUUCUGGAGCUCCUCGACGUCGAUGCAGCUCUGGAAGCACGUGCUGCCUCUUCCGCUCACACUGCACCCCGGCAAGUGGAGCAGGCUGAUCGGCAUUCCGUUGUACGCGUUCGCCAUCGCAGUGAUCGAAGCGGUGCUUGUGUUCAAGGACCCGAUGAUGGAGAACGGGUUAUUCUUCAAGGAUCGAGCGUACAUGGCCUGGAGAUUAAUUACGAGGGGAGUGGCAGCUGAGCGAUCCUCGACGAGUAUGCUAUCAUACGUGCGAUUACUUAUUGAGGUCUUGCUAGCCGCUGGAGUGUGCGCAAGUUUCGCCCUCGCUCGAUUCUUUCGCGAACCCCAGCAUGAUGGUGACGAAUUGCGUGAAGCUGCUCGAAAUAAUGAUAUUCUAGGAGUAAAGCUGCUUCUAGCGCGAGGGAUGGAUCCGGAUGCAUGCUCGGGGGAUGGCACGACUGCGCUCCAUGUUUGUGCGCAGCAGGCGAUUGACAGAGCCGCUCAGGUUCUCCUGGAGCAUGGAGCAAACGCUAAUGUAAGCGACCGACUUGGAUUCACGCCUCUGCAUUGGGCAGUUCAGAUGCGCCGAGAGGAAGUGUCAAAUGCAAGCCGCUUAGCAACUAUACGAAUUCUACUGCACCAUGGCGCAAACCCUCGCAUGCCUGACUCAAGCGGAACAACGCCACUGGUUAUUGCAUCACGAAAGGAAAACGAGGCAUCGUUGGGAGUACUCAAGGAGUUCUUUCCUGAAAACGAAACUAUUGGCGAGGUAGAAACCACCCAAGAUAUAGACGAAGGCAACGAACUUGGUACUUCCGCUUAA